UCCAAGAGGGUUGCAUAAAUAUACAAGGAACCUGUAGAAAUAAGGAAAGUAUUUGUGGGUAAUACCCUGAUUAAAACACAAAAGGGAAAAGAAACUUUUCUUUGGGAGAUCCUAAUCAAGGCAUGAGCAAGAAUACCACUACUUCAAGCUUGUCUCCGAGGACAAAAGGGCCUGCUCCAUUUUUGUCGAAGACUUAUGCUUUGUUAGACGAAGGUGAAGAAGAAGAAGAAGAAGAAGAAGAAGGAGGUGCAGAAACUGGAAAUGAUAGCAAGAAAAUUGUUUCAUGGAAUGCUGAAGGAACAGGGUUCGUGGUAUGGUCGCCUGCCGAGUUCUCAGAGCUAACCUUGCCUAGAUACUUCAAGCAUAACAAUUUUUCUAGCUUCAUUCGCCAACUAAAUACAUAUGGGUUUAAGAAAACAUCAUCGAAAAGAUGGGAAUUCAAGCAUGAGAAGUUUCAGAGAGGUUAUAAGCAUAUGCUAGUGGAGAUAACACGGAAGAAAACCGAGCCAAGUGUGUUUCCUGCUUUCUUGAAGGCUUCUUCUGAUGAAGAUCAGAUUAAUGACAAUAUUGUUGUGGAAAAUAAUUGUCAAACAUUGAUGGAGGAGAACGAGAAUCUGAGGAGGGAGAAGGUGGAAUUGCAGACCCAAAUAGCCCAAUUCAAAGCUCUAGAAAUUAAGCUGUUGGAUUGCGUUGCUCAAUACAUGGGAAAUACUAGUCAUAAAGAAAGGAGGUUGUGCUAGCUAGCUAGUUAGGUGGAUUUGGUUUCUCUUUCUUCUGUAAUUCCUUUUGCCCUUUUUCCUUGUAGCCAAAGGUUAUUGCUGGGUGCUUGAGAAAGUGAAAAAAAAAAUGGUUUCAUUGUAGUCCACGGUCAUGGUCAUGGAACUUAUGAAAUACCCUUUGCU